AGGGUGAUCGGACAUAACUCCAGGCUUUACCUUGCUGAUUGGGAACGUUCUCUGCUCCACCCAUAUCCACCUCCUAUAUCAGCAGCUGAGCUCCCCUCAGACACAUCCAGACAUGGAGGUGAGGAGAAGACUUCUGCUGGGGCUGCUCUCUGUACUGGGGAUUGCAGUACAAGCUUCUGAUGUCUCCAGUCAGAACCAGUUGCCUCCAUUUUGUCACAACUAUGACUGUCCAAAGUACCGGCUGGUGGAACAAUAUGAUGACUUUGAACUUCGUCAGUAUGAAGAAACUCUUUGGGUAACAACUUCACUAAAACAGGACAUUUUUGGCAUCGGGAUGGUGAUUAGUUUCAACCGCCUGUUUAUGUAUAUCAAUGGGAACAAUGCUUACGGGCUGAAGAUGAAUAUGACUGUACCUGUGAUGGUACACGUGCCAUUAAAACCACCCACUGAGAACACUACAAUGUCCUUCUUUGUGAAGUAUCCUGCAAAACCUACAGACCCUGAGGUUUACCUGGAGCCACGUCCUGCAGCUUCUGUAUAUGUCAAGACUUUUGGAGGAUAUGCCCUAAACACUAUGUAUGCUGAGCAAGCUAAAGCCCUAGCAGAGAAGCUGGAGCUCCUUGCUCUGCCGUUUGAUGAUACAUACUUCAUACAUGGUGGCUACGAUGCUCCUUCUCAAAUGUUCAACCGUCAUAAUGAAGUGUGGUACAUGGCAAAGUCCUCUCACCCGAGGGGAUUUCAUCGUUCCUCUGCUCCUCAGCCCUGAAUGUGAUCUCCAUACCAUCUUAUAAUAUCUUACAAGACGUUG